CUAACAGGUUUACUGCAACAUUGUUGCUCCACAAGCUAAUUAUGAAAUGAUACAAUGUUGGGCACGGGCGGAAAGUCAGAACUGUAUCUUUAAGAGGCCGCUCUAUCCAGUGCUUUGUUGAACAGAAGGGGUCGGUUGGGGGAAGGGCCGAGGCAGCCGUGUCUGACUAACUUGCAUAUGGCCAACUCGAUGGAGGAUUGCUACAGCAGGACGCCAAGGGAAAAACCACAGGGCUUUUCUCUGGACUGAGACGCAUUAUCUCCAUCGCACGAUGAUAUAAUCAUCGAGAAAAGGGGGAAGACUUCAGGACAUCCGAAGUUGGGUCCAGAGAUGUGUGGGGCCGAGAUUGCAACGUUACAACGUGUUGUUCUGCUUCUGUUGUGUCCAAGCGUGCCAGUUGCAUUUUGAGACGGUGUCUACCACAGGCCCAGGAGGCAGUAAAUUGUUCUAAAGGAAAAGGACAACAAACAAGGGAAAUGACCAUGGCUGGAGCCCCAGGCUUCUUCUCCAACGGACCUGCAUGGACGGUCACCGACACAGAAAUGACCAACCUAUACCGAGAUUUGGAACUGGGGACCGUACUAACAUUAUUUUAUUCGAAGAAGUCUCAACGCCCGGAGAGAAGGACGUUUCAAGUGAAGCUUGAGACCCGACAGAUCAUUUGGACAAGGGGCACAGACAAGAUUGAAGGAGAAAUUGAUAUCAGAGAGAUCAAGGAGAUCCGGCCGGGGCUGAAGUCGCGUGACUUUGAGCGCUACAUGGAGGAUUCGGCUGCUCGACUGGACACCAGCCACUGCUUCGUCAUUCUCUAUGGGACCGAGUUUCGUCUCAAGUCCCUCAGCCUGGCAGCCACGUCGGAUGAGGAGAUGCUGAUGUGGGUGAAAGGCCUGACAUGGCUGGUGGCCGACACACUCAAGUCUCCCACUCCUCUGCAGAUAGAGAGGUGGUUACGGAAGCAGUUUUACUCAGUGGAUCGCAACAGGGAAGACAAGAUUUCCUGCAAAGAUCUGAAGAACAUGCUGUGUCAGGUCAACUACAGAGUACCUAACAUGAGGUUCCUCCGAGAGAAGCUUCCGGAUGCGGAGCUGAGAAACGGCGACGUCUCUUACUGUCAGUUUGCCCAGCUCUAUCGCAGCCUAAUGUUCGACGCCCAGAAAACAAUGGAGAUUCCUUUUCUGCAGAGGUACACAGACCGGCCAGAGCAGAAGAUUACGCUGGAAGAUUUCAAAGGUUUCCUCAUGGAGCAGCAGAAGGAGAUGUGGGCCACAGAUAACAACAAGGUGCAAGAGUUCAUGUUCAACUACCUGAAGGAUCCCCUGAGGGAGAUCGAGCAGCCGUAUUUCUUCCAAGAUGAAUUCCUCUCCUACCUGUUCUCCAAGGAGAACACCAUCUGGAACGACACACUGGACCAGGUGCGUCCCGAGGAGAUGAACAACCCACUGUCCCACUACUGGAUCAGCUCCUCUCACAACACCUACCUGACCGGAGACCAGUUCUCUAGUGAGUCGUCUCUGGAGGCCUACGCUCGCUGCCUGCGGAUGGGCUGCAGAUGCAUUGAGUUGGACUGCUGGGAUGGCCCAGAUGGAAUGCCUGUAAUCUACCAUGGUCACACCCUCACCACCAAGAUCAGGUUUACUGACGUCCUGGCGACAAUCAAAGAGCACGCCUUCGUCACCUCUGAGUAUCCCAUCAUCCUCUCCAUCGAAGACCACUGCAGUAUCGUCCAACAGAGGAACAUGGCCACCUUCUUCAAGAAAGUGUUUGGAGAGAUGUUGCUGACCAAGGCGGUGGACAUCUCAGCUGACGGUCUCCCCUCACCCAAUCAGCUCAAGAGGAAGAUUCUCAUUAAGCAUAAGAAACUAGCCGAGGGCAGUUCCUAUGAAGAAGUGUCCACCUCAACGCCCUACUCUGAGAAUGACAUCAGUAAUUCCAUCAAGAACGGCAUCUUGUAUCUCGAGGAUCCAAUCAACCACGAGUGGUACCCUCACUUCUUCGUUCUGACCAGUAGCAAGAUUUACUACUCGGAAGAGACAACGAGUAACCAGGGCAACGAUGAUGAGGAGGAGCACAGAGAGGUCUGUAACGGCAUGGACCAGCACGUGACGGAGAAGUGGUUCCAUGGGAAGCUGGGCGCAGGGCGUGACGGUCGGCAGAUCGCCGAGCGGCUGCUCUCAGAAUACUGCGUAGAGACUGGAGCGCCCGACGGCUCCUUCCUGGUGCGCGAGAGCGAGACCUUCGUGGGAGACUACACCCUGUCCUUCUGGCGGUCUGGUCGGGUCCAGCACUGUCGGAUCCACUCACGCCAGGAGGCGGGCAGCCCCAAGUUCUACCUAACGGACAACCUGGUGUUCGACACGCUGUUUGCCCUCAUCACCCACUACCAGACGGUGGCGCUGCGCUGCAACGAGUUUGAGAUGAAGCUGACGGAGCCCGUGCCCCAGACCAAUGCGCACGAGAGCAAAGAGUGGUACCAUGCCAACCUGUCUCGAAGUCAGGCUGAGAACAUGUUGAUGCGGGUCCCACGGGACGGUGCCUUCCUAGUCAGGAAGAGGACCGAGUUCAACUCCUUCGCCAUCUCCUUCCGAGCGGAGGGGAAGAUCAAGCACUGUCGGGUGCAGCAGGAGGGCCAGACGGUGGUGCUGGGCACGUCGGAGUUCGACAGCCUGGUGGACCUGAUCAGCUACUACGAGAAGCACCCGCUCUACCGCAAGAUGAAGCUGCGCUACCCCAUCAACGAGGAGACGCUGGAGAAGAUCGGCACCGCUGAGCCUGACUAUGGGUCUCUUUAUGAGGGCCGGAACCCAGGGUUUUAUGUGGAGGCCAACCAGAUGCCUACGUUUAAGUGCACAGUGAAAGCCAUGUAUGAGUAUAAGGCCCAGAGAGACGACGAGCUCUCCUUCAGUAAGAACGCAGUCAUCUCCAACGUGGACAAGCAGGAGGGUGGAUGGUGGAAAGGUGACUUUGGAGGCAAGAAGCAGCUUUGGUUCCCGGCCAACUAUGUGGAGGAGAUAAGCCCUACUGCUGUGGAGCCUGACCGAACACAGCUGACUGAGAACAGCCCUCUGGGAGAUCUCUUGAGAGGAAGUGUGGAAGUGUCUUCCUGUCAGAUAGUGGUCCGCCAAGAGGGGAAGGGCAGCCGGCAGUUCGUCUUUUCGCUGGUGCCAUCGGCCGCACCGCGGUCGCCUGUCCUGGACAUCGCCGCCAGCACUCAGGAGGAGCUCAAGGACUGGGUCCUCAAGAUUCGCGAGGUCACCAUGACCUCCGAGGCGAAGCUGGAAGAAGGGAAGAUUAUGGAGAGGAGGAAGAAGAUCGCCCUGGAGCUUUCGGACCUGGUCAUCUAUUGCCGGCCGGUUCCUUUUGACGAAGACAAGAUUGGAACGGAGCGUGCUUGCUUCCGGGACAUGUCGUCCUUCCCAGAGACCAAGGCGGAGAAGUAUGUGAACCGGAUCAAGGGGAAGAAGUUCUUGCAGUACAACCGGCUGCAGCUGUCGCGCAUCUACCCCAAGGGCCAGCGCCUGGACUCCUCCAACUACGACCCCUUACCCAUGUGGCUGUGCGGCAGUCAGCUGGUGGCCCUCAACUUCCAGACCGCAGAUAAACCCAUGCAGAUGAACCAGGCCCUGUUCAUGCUCAACGGCAGGAGCGGUUAUGUCCUGCAGCCGACCAUCAUGAGGGACGACAACUUCGAUCCGUUUGACCGCCACUCUCUCAGGGGCAUGGAGACCAGCACUCUGGUCAUUGAGGUGUUGGGGGCACGUCACCUACCGAAGCACGGCAGGGGCAUCGUGUGUCCACUGAUCGAGAUCGAGGUGUGUGGGGCUGAGUAUGACAGUGCCAAGCAGAAGACUGACUCAGAAGCUGACAACGGCCUCAACCCCACCUGGCCGCGCAAAUCCUUCCGCUUCACGGUCGGCAACCCUGCGUUUGCUUUUUUGCGCUUCGGCGUGUACGAGAUCGACAUGUUCAGUGACCAGAAUUUCCUUGCACAGGCCACCUUUCCAAUCAAUGGCCUCAAGACAGGCUACCGGUCGGUCCCUUUGAAGAACAGCUAUAAUGAGGAUCUGGAGCUGGCCACUUUGCUUGUCCACAUGGAGAUUAUCAGAGGACGGCCUCAUGAGAACGGGGAGAUGAGUCCCUUCCUGGGCGCCGCCACCAUGGGACUGGCCAGCUACGUGGGGCGCGAGCGUAUGGGCGAGUCCGGCUCGGUGUCCUCGGCCUCCUCCAUGUCCCCUCUGCCCUCGUCGCCGGGCCAGGCGCUGGGCUACCGGGGCCGGGAAAACUCCUUCGAGUCGCGCUACCAGCCCCCGCUGGACGACUUUAGGGUGUCCCAGCAAGAUGCGCUGUUGGACCAUGUGGACCCCCAGAAC